AUGUCAGGGAUUGACUACUCAAAGUGGGACAAAAUAGAGAUAAGCAGUGAUGAAGAGUCAGGAAAACUGGGUUCUAAAUGUAAUGUAACUAGAUUUGAUUCUCCUCAAUCCAUUACUAUUGGAGGACAGAGAGAAAGUAAAGAAGAUAGUUUAGUGAGCUCGAAUAUAUUAGUGGAUGAUUUGAAGACAAAAUCUGUAUUAGUAUCGCGGGAAAAGGUAAUAUCUCUAGAUGAUUACGUGUUUGGAGGGAAAUCUGCAUGUGGAAAAGAUUAUUACUGGACUCAAACAGAGAAUGGUUUGACAAUAAUAUUGGAAAUUGAUCCAGGAACACAAAAUAAGGAUUUAAAAGUUAAUGUAACAGAAGAUAAAGUAACAGUUACACAUGGAUCAGAAACGAUACUUUUUGAAGAGUUUGAGUAUGGAGUGAAAGAUGAUGAUAAUACAAUAUUUUGGUCAGUUAAAGAGGUAGAAUCAUUAAAUGGAGCUCAAAACAAGAGGAGUAGGAUGUUAGUUUUGGAGCUUGAGAAGAAAGAACUUGAUACAAGUAUUAGAUUAUGGUGGAAAAAGAUUUUCAAAGGUGGUAUUGAGGCAGAUAUUUCAAAGUUUAGUAGAUUCUCAUCACCUAAAAGUGAAGAAAGAAAUAGAAAAUUUCUAGAGGCUUGGGAGGAAGCACACAAUGAAUUUAGAAAUAAGAUAAAAAAUAGGCAAAAAUUGAGUAUUUAG